AUGGCGCAUCACAGGAUGCUUUCUGUAAGGUUUGGAGAAGAAAUCAAAUCUUCUUCGAGAAUGAAGCAUGAUGGGAUUAGAAAUGGCACUCUACGUGGUAACAAGAAGCAGGAUCCAACAUGGGAGGAAAAGCAUAUAACUCCUUCCAAAGGAAGAAUCAACGAAAUGUUUGCAGAGACAAGACUUUAUGAGAGUCCCCAAGGGCAUAUUUCAUUAACGGGUUCUGCAGGGUCGAUUCAGUCUGGUCCUGUUUUCUUUUCGAAUCGAACCCGCAAGAGUAUCCAGAGCACAUCAUCAUCGCCGUCAUCAUUUAGAUCUAGUAGAACUUCACUUUCCAGCUCCUCUGGAGGGAAAAUAACGGGGAAGAAGAAAAAGGAGGAGAAACGAGCAUUGUUUUCUUGCAUGGGACGAAAAUCAUGCAAGAACUCAAGAAGAUCACCGGAACGUGCAAGAGUUAAUGAAGCGUUGAUCAUCGAGAGAGCGUGCGUGGUGGAGAGUCUGCCACAAUUCUGGGCAGAUAAGUACCGACCUGCUUCCCUGAAUGACUUCGUUUGCCACAAACAAGAAGCUCAACUUCUCAAGCAAUUUGUGUCUCUUGAUGAAAUUCCACACGCUCUGCUAAAAGGUCCCCCCGGUACAGGGAAAAGAGCCUUAGCAAUGGCUCUUCUGCGAGAAAUAUACGGCGAGGAGUGUUGGAACUUAUCCCACGAUAUAAGAUAUUUCCCCUUUCAGGAAGGUAGGCCUACGAAAAUAAGUGUUCCAAUAACGUUCAGUCGUCAUCACGUGGAACUAAACGUAAAUUUGGAGCGGAAUGCUAAGCAUGCUUUGAUUGGGUUAGUGAAGGAAAUGAACUGUAUCUAUGCAGUAACACCCCAAGAUGCCAAUCUCAAUAUCAAGUCAGAUUGUCAAGUGGUAGUUCUCUAUGAGGUUGACAAGGCAGGACAGGACAUCCAGCACAUAAUCUCAUGGAUUAUAGAUUGCCACUCCCAAAUAUGCAAACUAAUACUCUGCUGCCAAGAUGAUGUUGACAUUCCUGACUCUGUGAGGAACCUGCUCAAAGUGAUUGAGGUUCGUCCACCUACUAUUACUCAGAUUGUAGAGGUUCUGUUUGAGAUAGCAAGGAAAGAGGAUAUUCAUCUAUCAAUGAAUUUUGCUGCUAUGAUUGCAGCAAAAUCUAAUCAGAAUCUCAGGCAAGCUAUCAUGGCUCUUGAGGCAUGCAAAGCAUUCGAGUAA